UCACCAUCAACAAGUUAGUGUUGAUUUUGCCUUUCAAAACUGAUUUCCAUUGACAGUUGCUCCACAUUGAUGGAUCGACUGGCUUAUCUUAGUACUGCUCCACCUAGCAUUGCAACAGACAUAAGCUCUCCUCGGCUAUAUAAUAUAGUUGUGGCUGCUUUUACUGUAGUCAGCGAACUGAGGGUUUCUCUCAUUCAACUCAGUAAAAGUAGCUUGACGGCUAGUUAGGUAGCACCAGCUGGAGAAGCAGCGCAGGAUUAAUUCAUUACGAAGUAAAAGCUCUUUGUUUCUCUUCUCAGUUUGACCACCAUGACCUCCUUUCCCCCAAAUAACUUCUCCUGGGUCGAGCCAGGCAAACUGGCCGGACUGGCGCUGCCCAGGAUGACAUGUGAAUACCAGUACCUGCUGGACAACGGUAUCAAACACCUGGUUUGCCUAUGUGAGAGAAAACCACCGUACCACGACACGUGCCCAGAGUUACAGCUGCACCACAUCAAGAUAGCUGACUUCACUCCUCCUUCACCGAGUCAGAUUGACAGAUUCCUCUCCAUCGUGGAAGAAGCCAACUCCAAGGGGGAGGGUGUGGCAGUUCACUGCAUGCAUGGCUACGGGAGAACAGGUACCAUGCUGGCCUGUUACCUGGUGAAGACGAGGAAGAUUUCAGGCAUCGACGCCAUCCAGGAGAUCCGCAGACUGAGGAAAGGUUCAAUUGAAACUUACGAACAAGAGAAAGCAGUGGUGCAGUUUUAUCAGCGCACCAAAUAACUUUGAUUAUUACAGUUAAUAAGAACAAAAUAAUGGUAAGACUUGCCUCGGUUUUACUCCUAAAAUAAUACUUUAUUAUCUUGGAAUAGGAAAAAACAAAAUAAAAUGAUGCUAAAACAAGCGACAACUCAAAAACUGAAAGUCCUGAAAGACAGUAAUGAACUCAAAUGUUGAAAUUACCCACAGCUUGCUCCUGGGACAUUUAACUAAGACAAAACAUUAUUACAGUUAAUACAUACGCACACUGCCUUUUUAAAUGGUACUGUAUACUGUCAUUUCUGCUAGCACAUUAUUAUUUUUCUUUAUAUACAAAUGUUGUUCUUCUGUGGUUUCCAUUAACUCAGCUUUAACCUUUAUGCACUGGACGCCAGGGAAAAGAGGCGUUGACGCUCCUUGAAUGUGAGCUUUUCAGGAGCCAUCGUUCUCUUGAUUUUCUCCUCCUGGUUUCUGCGAAUAAACAAAUAUAUGAGCAAAAAUACUUGAAUUUUAUCACUGAUGGUGGAAUUAUUUAUGGGGACACAAACAGAUAAAAUUGUAAUUACAGAUGUAUUUUACUCAGGGAUUUCUUUUCAAACACUUGUAAAGUGGAGAGAAAGAAAUUAAAGGCGCGGCAUAGAUUAAUAAGCUUGUUGUGAUAGUACACAGCUGUGCAUAUACAUAUCUGUGUCAUUAGGUUAUCAUGAGUAGAAAUGCUGCAUAAAUAGAUUUAUUUUAGGCUUGAUUUAAUUUCAGUGUUUUGCUCCAGUUGCCAAAAAAUGUAAACUCACUCUUUUGAUGCCACUUUGUGAACGUCUUCAGUCAGUCCAGUUUGUCUUUGACCUGCCAAACACAUAGAAAUGUUGCAACAGAAAAUAAAGAAAAUAUAUAUUUGAUGGA